CUCCAAGCCCUGCGAACCCCUUCCUUUCUCCUUCUUCUUCUUCGGUGAUUUUAUCGUGGGUGGAGUGUUCGGCCGGCAGCGUUGUGGCGGUCGAUAGAGGAGUUGUGGGAUCUGAGAAUGGGAGGAGCUAUUGUGUCUGAUCUCCUCACGGAGAUUUUGAUCCCGGUGGCGGCUGUAAUCGGGAUCGCCUUUGCCCUAAUUCAGUGGCUGCUCGUCUCUAAGGUUCAGCUCACACCGGACCGGAAAACAACGUCAGGGGAGGACAAUAAGAACGGGACGGGCGAUUAUCUUAUCGAAGAGGAAGAGGGCACGAACGAGGAUAACGUUUUUGUCAAGUGUGCCGAAAUCCAGAAGGCUAUCUCUGAAGGAGCUACAUCUUUCCUGUUUACUGAAUACAAGUAUGUGGGGAUCUUUAUGAUUGCAUUUGCUGUUUUGAUCUUUCUCUUCCUUGGCUCUGUCGAAGGAUUCAGCACAAAGGAGCAACCUUGCACGUACAUCAAGGAUAAAACUUGCAAACCGGCGCUUUCUAAUGCUAUUUUCAGCACAAUAGCUUUCUUGCUGGGUGCAGUUACGUCAGUGGCUUCUGGCUUUCUUGGGAUGAAAAUUGCAACUUUUGCAAAUGCACGGACAACUUUAGAAGCAAGGAAGGGUGUUGGGAAAGCUUUUAUCACUGCAUUCAGAUCUGGUUCUGUGAUGGGCUUCUUACUGGCUGCAAAUGGACUUUUUGUAUUAUAUCUUUCGAUUAAUCUGUUCAAAUUGUACUAUGGUGAUGACUGGGAAGGGCUUUUUGAGGCAAUUACUGGAUAUGGACUUGGUGGGUCUUCAAUGGCUCUCUUUGGUAGAGUAGGAGGUGGUAUUUAUACAAAAGCUGCUGAUGUUGGUGCUGAUCUUGUUGGUAAAGUUGAGAGGAACAUUCCAGAAGAUGAUCCUAGGAACCCAGCUGUGAUUGCUGAUAAUGUUGGAGAUAACGUUGGUGAUAUUGCUGGAAUGGGUUCAGAUCUUUUUGGUUCAUAUGCUGAGUCUUCCUGUGCUGCACUUGUUGUUGCUUCUAUUUCUUCCUUCGGAACUAGUCACGAUUUAACUGGGAUGUUCUACCCUCUGCUGAUUAGUUCCAUGGGUAUUAUCAUCUGUUUGAUCACAACUCUUUUUGCAACGGACUUUUUUGAGAUCAGAGCUGUUCAAGAAAUUGAACCUGCGCUUAAGAGGCAGCUAAUAAUUUCCACUGCUCUGAUGACUGUUGGGAUUGCAAUUGUUAGCUGGUUGGCUCUUCCAUCUUCGUUCACUAUCUUUAAUUUUGGUGUCCAGAAGGAAGUGAAGAACUGGGAGUUGUUCUUUUGUGUUGCAAUUGGACUAUGGGCUGGUCUUGUGAUUGGAUUUGUUACCGAAUACUACACUAGCAAUGCAUACAGUCCUGUCCAAGAUGUUGCUGAUUCAUGCAGAACUGGGGCUGCCACAAAUGUUAUCUUUGGACUUGCUUUGGGAUACAAAUCAGUCAUAAUUCCAAUUUUUGCUAUUGCCAUCAGCAUCUUUGUAAGCUUCAGCCUUGCUGCAAUGUAUGGUAUUGCAGUUGCUGCUCUUGGCAUGCUGAGCACCAUCGCCACAGGCUUGGCUAUUGAUGCCUAUGGCCCCAUCAGUGACAAUGCUGGAGGCAUUGCUGAGAUGGCUGGUAUGAGCCACCGAAUUCGUGAAAGAACUGAUGCUCUUGAUGCUGCAGGCAACACCACUGCUGCCAUCGGAAAGGGAUUUGCCAUUGGUUCUGCAGCUUUGGUGUCCCUUGCUCUUUUUGGCGCCUUUGUCAGUAGAGCAGCCAUUUCUACCGUUGAUGUUCUCACUCCUAAAGUUUUUAUUGGGUUGAUUGUUGGUGCUAUGCUUCCUUAUUGGUUUUCAGCCAUGACCAUGAAGAGUGUCGGCAGUGCCGCUCUUAAGAUGGUCGAGGAAGUCCGAAGGCAGUUUAAUAGCAUUCCUGGUUUGAUGGAAGGUACUGCCAAACCUGACUAUGCAACCUGUGUCAAGAUUUCAACAGAUGCCUCUAUUAAGGAGAUGAUUCCUCCUGGUGCUCUGGUCAUGCUCACACCCCUCAUUGUUGGUACCUUCUUCGGCGUGGAAACACUGGCCGGAGUUCUUGCUGGUUCCCUCGUCUCUGGUGUCCAGAUUGCCAUCUCUGCUUCAAACACAGGUGGUGCUUGGGACAAUGCCAAGAAAUAUAUCGAGGCCGGGGCUUCAGAGCAUGCCAGAACUCUCGGCCCCAAGGGGUCCGAUCCUCAUAAAGCCGCCGUAAUUGGUGACACCAUUGGAGACCCUCUCAAGGAUACAUCAGGGCCAUCUCUCAAUAUCCUCAUCAAGCUAAUGGCAGUGGAAUCUCUCGUCUUUGCACCUUUCUUCGCCACUCAUGGUGGUCUCCUCUUCAAGCUUUUCUAAGCGUCCGCAUUUCUGCGCCACCAUUGUCUUCCCUGUCUGUCCGGUUCAUGCAAAAUUUUCCCACAAGUAGGCAGUAGAUGAUGAUGACACAAUCUGCGUCUAUUUUGUGUCAAUCAUGGCCACAUUCUUGAUAGAGUUGUAGUCCUUUUUAUAUAGAAGUUUCUUUGGAUUCUGAAAAGUUGGGAUUUUGUCGGUCAAUUGGUCGGUUUUGUGUUUGUCCAUUCAAGCUGGUCUUCAUCUCUGUGUUCGUAUACAAUUUUGUUCAAAUUCUCAUCUGCUGCUCCGCUCUACCUUGAUUUUCUUAAUGUCAUGUUAUGUUACAGGUGGGCGAUUAUUUUCUUAGA